AUGGAGAAACAGAUUCUUGAUUUUGUAUUGGUACCCGUAGGACUUUUGGCUAUGGUGAUUUAUCAUAUUUGGCUUCUCAUUCUGAUCGUCCACCGUCCCACCAGAACCGUCGUCGGAAUCAAUGCAAUGAAUCGUCGGUUGUGGGAUACAUCAAAGAAUGGGCUUCUUGCUGUACAGACACUAAGAAACAACAUAAUGGCAUCAACUCUUUUGGCGUCAACUGCGAUCAUGCUCAGUUCCCUCAUUGCCGUGUUGAUGACAAAUGGCGGCAGCAACAAUCCCAAUGCGGUGGUUUAUGGCAACAAAAGCGAGCUUGGAUUCUCCAUAAAGUUCUUCUCCAUAUUGGUAUGCUUCUUGGUGACAUUCUUGCUUAAUGUGCAAUCAAUAAGGUACUAUAGCCAUGCAAGUAUACUCAUCAAUGUGCCUAAUUGCAAGAAGAUAAUGGCUUCAAGUUUUGAUGAUUAUAACAACGAUUGUUGUGUGACGCCGGAGUAUGUAGGGAGAACAGUGAAUAGGGGGAGUUAUUUUUGGUCAUUAGGCCUUAGGGCAUUUUACUUUUCGUUCCCUUUGUUCUUGUGGAUUUUUGGACCAAUUCCAAUGUUUUUGGGUUGUCUUGUUAUGGUUUUCUUGCUGUAUUUUCUGGAUUUGACUUUUAAGUCGGAAGAAGAGGGCCAUUGCCACCGCCGGAAGGAGGACGAGGAGGCAGCUUGUUGA